ACCAACUUUCUAGUUGUUUCCUUCUACAUGACCUCAGUGAUUUAGCUAUCGAACAGAAGUCGUGAACAUUUUCAUUUUUCCAUAGCUGUAACAGACAGAUUGCAGCUUCCCUACCAUUGAUCUUUCUAUCCAAACCAACUUGUAUCUUUUCACAUUAUAAACACAACAAACAAAGAGAGGGGCAAAAUGGUGCUGGAUUACUCCAAAUGGGAUAACCUGGAGCUGAGCGAUGACUCGGAUAUUGAGGUGCACCCGAACGUCGACAAACGAUCCUUUAUUCGUGCGAAACAGAACCAGAUUCACCAGCAGCGCCUUCAGAGAAAGCACCAAAUUGAGACGCUCAAAUAUGAACGUGUAGUCAACGAUGGCCUGAUCACUCGCAUAGAUGAGCUUCUCAAGGCUCUUCAGUCCCACGAAGAGAGCUCGCGCAACCCGGACGAGCUUGUUUUCCAAGCACUCAUUGAGUCGGCAGGAGAUCCAUCCAAGGACCAGCCGCCGCCAAGACCCGAGGGAGUCUAUGCCAGGGUGGAAGAGCAACCAACAUAUUCGAAAAUGAUGGCAGUUCUUAUCGAUCAAGUGAAGAAGGAAGUCGAUAACCAGAAACCGGAAAAUCGACUGGAGGGAUACAUAAAGGAGAUCCAAGUACACCAGCAAAAGGUCAAUGGCCUACAAAACGAGCUUCUGGACAAGCUGGCCGAGCUCGAAGAGGACGAGCACCGGAAAAUCACAAGUGAAAGCAUACACACCGGUUUCGACAGCACAUUUAUUUCGAAAUCAAAGGACAACAAGAGCAGCUCUUCUUCGCAAGGCAAAAAAGCUGAGACGGUUGAAGUCUUGAACCCCGGGGCGCUUAAGAACCAGGAGCACCUGACUCGCGCUGAUGGACAAACGACUUCUUCCGGGGCCGAAGCAGAUGUAGAAGAGGCUGCGGACGAGACUGGCGGCGGCGAGGAGAACAUUGAGCCUACGAAGCUAGGAAAAGAAUUUGCCAAGAUCAAAGUCGGCGACUACCGCGCCAGCCUGCAGUUCAUCUCCGAGCACCCUGACGUUGUGACGGAGCGCGAGACAGAUGGGCUUCUCAUUGAAGGAUUCAACAACCAGAUGGCAGGUAACGAAGAAUACGCCCGUCAGUGCAUUCACCAAGGCCUGCUCCUUCAAUACUGUCGAACCCUCGGCCGUGAUGGCGUAGGACUAUUCUUCAAACGGAUCACGACCCCCGGCCAUCAAGCGCAAAAGGUUUUCCAGGACGACGUCUCUACCACCUAUGGCCGGAUCAAGACCCGGGCUGCUGAAAUUGCCAAAGAACGCGCCAGCGGUGAAGGGGAAGGCGCUGGCGGAGUCGAGCAGAUCCAAUUACACGCCGUCGACCCCGGCACGAGCAUCAACAUCAAUAUUCCCCGGCCGGACAGCGAGGAAGAAGUUGAGAAGAAGGCAAGAGGCGUGUUUGAUUCGUUCCCUCCGGGCCUGCAACGUGCCCUCGAGAGCGGAAGCCUCGACGAGGUCAACAAGGUGCUCGCCAAGAUGAGCGUCGAAGAGGCCGAAGAAGUCGUCGGCCAACUCGGUGAGAAUGGAAUGCUCAGCUUGGAAGAGAAUAUCAUCGACGCCACUACCGAAGAAGGCCAGAAGGCGCUCAAGGAGAUUGAAGCUCAAGAAAAGGCCAGAAAGGAAGAAGUCACAACUGCCGCGCCUGACCCCGAGUAGAUGGCGCGGGAAAGAAAAGGCAAUCUUACGCUCAGAAGGAUAAUAUCUUGAGAUAUAAUUUGAUAAUCUCGAGGUUUUUUUUUAAAUGUAAAAAACGUUUUCAGCAUUCACGAGCGGCGGAAAAUAGUAAUGGCAUCGUAGCAGUCAUUGAAUUUAGGUAACAAUUUUAUUUCAAAUAAAAAUAAUUAAAGAAGAAAAGGAGAAAUUUCGAAGUUGUUAAAAAAGAGAUAUCGUCUAGUGGCG